AUGAAAACACAAUAUGCAAUUUGUUGUGCUCUGAAUGAAAGCCCAAACUUCACUGACUCUGGCUAUGAUAUGGCACAACUGAUGAAGCGCUUGAAGACAUCACUCGAGACAACAUAUGACUUCAUUAAAGACAACAUUCAACGGACAAAAAACAACCAAAAUAACUCUUUUAGCCGUUUUAGUGAUGAUUUGACUCGAGUUUUAUUAUCUCAUAACUUACCACUCGAAGAUCGGUUUCGAUUCGAAUGUGUGUCCAAACAGUUCCAGAGGACUGUCUUCGAGAAUGUUGUCGACAUUAUGACCAAUUGA